AUGGACGGACAACUAUGUCCAGUAGCAGUUUCAUGCAAUAACCGAGAUUAUGCCGGUAGUCUACCACCCGGAUACCGCUUUUGUCCCACGGACGCAGAGAUCAUCCUUUACUACUUGAUCCCACAGAUUGAAAAAGGAACACACCCUCCGUGCCGGCUACACAAGGUCAAUAUUUACGACCACACUCCUGAAGAACUUGCAGCAGCAUAUAAGCCAUGUGAUGCAAAUUGGUACUUUCUGACACCAAGAAUGCGAAGAUAUGCAAAAGGGAAACGCCCUAGUAGGACCACGAAAGGGCGCGGAUAUUGGCACGCGAGUCAGCGUUAUGCAAAGGUUAAAGAUCCGGGGGUGGUAGUGAAUGGACAAGUAGUGGAUGUUGGAAGGAAACUAAGUUUGACAUACUUUGACAGAAACAAUAACAAGACCUCAUGGCUAAUGCAUGAGUAUACCACCAAUGAUCCUGAUCUCCCUACUGGAAGAGGCAAAGAUGGCACCAAGUUAACUGAUUGGGUGAUAGCUAAGAUAUACAAGAAGCCUGGGAGCAAAUCCGACAAUUAUUGUAAUAAGACUCUAGCAGUUUCAAAUACCAAGCAGAAUGAUCAACAAGGGGAGAUUAAUGAAGAACAAAAUCAAAAUCAGCCACCUACUGCAGAUGAUGAUGAGGAUCAACCGCCUUCACCUAAACGACAAAGACUAUCUCACGGCAGCAGUAGUAGUACUCAAGAACUUGAACACCCUACUCAUCAUCAUGAAGAAGGAGCAGCAAAUACUAAUCACUACUUAAUGAGUCCUGGAGCUGCGUCCAAGACUACAGGGACGCUCGACGCCGUGGACAUGGGGAGUCCUAGGCAAAUGUUCAACACGGACACUACUGAAGGUCCACAGAGCAAACAUCAACUAGUAGAUCACUUCACCAGAAUUCGAAAAAAAUGUAAGAAGUUUGAGGCAAUCUGUAAGAGGUUGAAUGCACUAGAGAAGCCUGUCUCUUAUGAGUUGCUUUAUGCAAUGGCGCAUCAGCUUUACCAGGAGAAGCAUGGGAGGGGCUUCAGAUUCGAGCACUACUUCAGGGAGCUUAUUAUGGUGGCUUUUUAA